GAGGCGAGGGGCCUCCGGCUCACAGCCCGCCGAGGACUGAGCCUCCCGAGCGGACAGUCGCGGUGGUCGCACGGCACGGUGUCGCGACGAGAAUAAAGACGGGGGCGGCUCAGACGACUGGAGGUGGCAUCAGACGGGAAAGCAAGGCCUUUCAGCCUUGACUCGGGGUGGGGGUGGGGAAGGGAGGAAAGACGGAAGUCGGGAACUACAGCUCCCAGGAGGCUUAGCGGCCGAGUCUCCGGUGCUGGGCCGUGAAGUCUGAUGGGCCGGGUAAUUUUGCGGACGACUUUAACCUAGAGGCUUGCAAGGUUGGAAGUUCUGAGUCCUGGGGUGCCGGGAGCGGAGGAGAAAUGGAGCUGGAGCAGAGAGAGGGGACCAUGGCAGCCGUGGGCUUUGAAGAGUUCUCAGCGCCUCCAGGCUCGGAGCUUGCGCUGCCUCCGCUGUUCGGUGGUCACAUCCUGGAGAGCGAGCUUGAGACAGAAGUGGAGUUCGUAUCUGGGGGUCUGGGCAGCUCGAGCCUCCGGGAGCGAGACGAAGAGGAAGAGGCAGCCCGGGGCCGACGGCGGCGCCAGCGCGAACUCAAUCGCAGGAAGUACCAGGCGCUAGGUCGGCGUUGCAGGGAGAUCGAGCAGGUGAAUGAGCGGGUCCUGAACAGGCUCCAUCAGGUACAGAGGAUAACACGGAGACUUCAGCAGGAGCGGAGGUUCCUCAUGAGAGUGCUGGACUCCUAUGGCGAUGACUACCGUGCCAGUCAGUUCACCAUCUUGCUGGAGGAUGAGGGCAGCCAGGGCACCGAUGCUCCCACCCCAGGCAACGCUGAGAAUGAGCCUCCGGAGAAAGAGGAGCUUUCCCCACCCAGAAGAACGCCGGCACCCCUAGAGCCCAGCAGCCCUGCCCCUGGUGAGGGGCCCAGUGGGCGAAAGAGGAGGCGAGCGCCCAGGGAAGGACGCCGAACGGGAGUCCCACUGACUCCAGAACUGGCCCCCGUGCAGAUAAAGGUUGAGGAAGACUUUGGCUUCGAAGCGGAUGAGGCGCUGGACUCAAGUUGGGUUUCUCGGGAGCCAGACAAACUGCUGCCCUACCCCACCCUAGCCAGCCCCCCCUUUGACUGACCCCCCAAUAAACUGACCCCACACUCUCCUUGGC